AGCCUUUCCUGAAGCCUUGCGCUACAGGCUGAUCGCAACGCAAUCUAUCCACAAAUCCGCAACGGUGUUCUUUGAGAAGAGAUUCCACCAAUUUCCCCUCAUCAACCCUUUUCCUUUUCCUUUUCCAUAUGUUAAGUUUUCAGAUUGAAAUUCUGGAGCUCAACUUUUCUUCUACACAGAUUGGGGAAAUAUGACGCCCCUCCAUUUGCAUCUGCCCGUUGCGGCUCUGGUAGCAGCACUUUCGUUAUUCGGCAGUCCUGCACACGCGGCUGAGACUCAAGAUAUAGGAAUUGUUACGACAGAAAUUGCGAGAGCUCAGAAUAGUACUUUGAUGUGGGGUCCUUAUAAGCCGAAUCUUUAUUUUGGUGUUAGGCCCAGGAUACCGAAGAGUUUCACGGGUGGUUUGAUGUGGGCGAAGGUUGAUAAUUUUGUGGAUGUUCAGAAUAGUAAGCUCCUUUUUUAUGGGAUAGCUAUGGGUUAUUUGGGAGGAUCGUGGUGGGGAGCUAUGCUAAUGUUACUACAAUUACAAACGUUGAAUUCGGUGGAUCAUGGCUAAUUAUACACUCUGUAGACUUUAGACAUACUUGCGAGCAAGGUGAUGGCAUGAGGGGUUAUGGUUGGGAGGAAUUUGAUGCUCGAAUUGGUGGAAAGCAAACUAUGCAUGAUGAGAGCAAUGGUAUUGAUAUCACAACCUUCUUCAUCAAAUCCCCUGGUGGUAAACAUGGUGGAAACUGGGCUACGCGAGUGAGGGGUAAAGUUAGGGAUGGCUCGCCAGCAGAUUUGAAGACAACAAUGAUUUUCUAUGCUUCUCUUGAAGGACUUGGCAGUCUGACAGUUGCAAAUGAGGAUGAUGAUCUUGGAUUUGCUGGAGAAGUAAAUUUCAAUGGAGAUUCUGACGGAUUGGGUGAAUAUAAAGUCACUGUAACAACUGGCCGAGGUUUCCACCCUGCUUCCGAACAUCCUUCAUAUAAAGAGAAGCCUUUGGAUAGGACUAUUGUUCACUCUCUCUCUCUUGACGAAAAGUUAUUGUGGGCUGCCAAACCUCAUUUGUUUGCCAAGUUGAAGGAGCAAAUCGAUGAAUAUAUUGAAACAUAUGGAGAGGAAAAUCAUCCUCCUCCAUAUCAGAUCUACACCGUUAAGCAUGCACCAGAUGAAGGAAACUUUCACUUGGUUCAAAAAGUGUUUGAAGGAGAUUUCGAAUUCGACAUCAUAUUCAACAGCGCAUCAGCACCAAAGGGACUUUCCAGCCAAGAAAUCUCUCAAUUGAUUGGAGAUAACAAUAAAUCCUUCUUCGAAAGAUUCAUCUCUACAUUUGAUUUGCAAUCUCCUUUUGAUAUUGAGAGUCUUCAAAGAUUUUCAAGUCAUAUGUUCUCAAACUUGAUUGGUGGUCUUGGAUAUUUCCAUGGUGAUUCGGUUGUUGAUCGCUCAUAUGCUGAGGAAUAUGAGGAAAACAACGAAGGAUUUUGGGAAGAAGCUGCAGAGGCAAGAGGACGAAGACGAGAAAAACUUGAAGGUCCAUCAGAACUUUUUACCACUGUUCCAUCUCGUCCAUUUUUCCCAAGAGGAUUCCUCUGGGAUGAAGGAUUCCAUCUUCUUCCUAUUGCUGAUUGGGAUAUUGAUCUUACGCUCGAAAUUGUUAGAAGCUGGUUCAAUCUUAUGGAUGAAGAUGGAUGGAUUGGUAGAGAACAAAUUCUUGGUGCUGAAGCUCGUAGCAAGGUUCCACCAGAAUUUCAAACACAAUAUCCUCACUACGCCAACCCACCUACACUAUUCUUCAUUGUUGACGCUUUUAUUAGCAAGCUUGGUGCACUCAAUGGUACAUCCCCAUUGGCGAAGGAAAAACUGGCCCAAGAACCAUCAAUCUACUCGGCCUUUUUACAAAAGCCAGAAGCUGGUCUUCAUUACCUCAAUGAGCUUUAUCCUAAACUCAAGAAGCAUUACCAAUGGUUCCGUAAAACUCAAUCUGGAGAUUUGAAAUCCUAUGAUCGUGAUGCAUUUAGUACCAAGGAAGGUUAUAGGUGGAGAGGCCGAACACCACAGCAUAUCCUCACUAGUGGUCUUGAUGAUUAUCCUCGUCCUCAACCACCUCAUCCAGGAGAACUUCAUGUUGAUUUGAUGUCUUGGAUGGGUAUGAUGACAAAAUCUCUUAAAAAUAUCGCUGGUCUCCUCGGUAUGGCCGAUGAUGUUGCCGAAUUAUCUACCAUUGAAGUUGCCAUUCUACGCAACAUCGACGAUUUACAUUGGAGCGAAAAGGAUAAAUGUUAUUGCGAUGCUACAAUUAAUGAUUAUGAAGAACAUGAAUUGGUUUGUCACAAGGGAUAUGUUUCACUAUUCCCAUUCUUGACAGGUCUUCUUGAUAAGGAUAGUGAUAAGUUGGGUCACAUUCUUAACUUACUUGGGGAUGAAGAAGAAUUGUGGAGUGAAUUUGGAAUUAGAUCUUUGAGUAAGAAAGAUGAGUUCUAUGGAACUGAUGAAAAUUAUUGGAGAGGUCCUAUUUGGAUGAAUAUAAAUUAUUUGGCCGUUUCUCAACUUCUUGUAAGUUUCCUAUUUCUUGGAUCUCUUCUCGCUUCUUUUCUUUCCCUUAACCUUUACCUUAAUCAACAAUUCUAACCAACCCACAGAAAUACGCAGAAGCCCCUGGUCCUCACCAGGAAAAGUCUAAAGACCUCUACACGAGACUCAGAUUAAACUUAGUCAAGACGGUCUAUGAUAGUUUUCAAGAAACAGGUUUUGCAUGGGAACAAUAUAAUCCGGAAACGGGAGUGGGACAGAGAACUCAACAUUUUACCGGUUGGACUAGUUUGGUGGUUAAGAUUAUGAGUAUGCCGGAUUUGAGUGAGGGUGCUUUUGAGGCGGAGGGACAGACUCCUGAGAGGGAUGAAGAGGCUCUUAAGAAGGAUGAGGAGGCUGCUAAGAAGGAUGAGGAGGCUCUUAAGAAGGAUGAAUUGUAAGGCGGAGGGUUUGGGUUGAUUAGGAUUUAGUUGGGUGAGGUGGGGGGAGGGAAAUAAAAAAAUGAUAAAUGAGAAAAGUGAUGAAGAGAAGAGGAUUGAGUAGAGAAAUGAAUUCAUGAUUUUGAGGGGUAUGAUUUAGAUAGAU